AUGUGGAUAUCUGACUUUGGCAAAAGCAAAGUGCGGAAUACUAACACGAUCAAAUUGGUGUGCCAUCUAUCUUUCUCUCUAUCCAUCAUUUUGUUUUUUCCAGAUCAAAUUAUUGAUAUUUAUAUAUCUAAAUAUGAUAUAUCUAUCUAUCUAUCUAUCUUAUUUAUCAUCAGCCUGUUCAUAUCUAUCUAUCUAUCUAAUAAAAAUUAUUUUAUUUAUCAGCCUGUUCUAUCUAUCUAUCUAUCUAUCUAUCUAAUUAUCUUAUUUAUCUCAGCCUGUUCAUAUCUAUCUAUCUAUCUAUUAUCUAUCUAUCUAUCUAUCUUAUUUAUCUCUAUUUCCUGUUCAUUAUCUAUCUAUCUAUAUCUAUCUAUCUAUCUAUCUAUCUAUCUAUCUAAUAUCAUAUCUAUCUAUCUCCUGUUUAUCAUUAUCUAUCUAUCUAUCUAUCUAUCUAUCUAUAUCUAUCUAUCUAUCUAUCUAUCUAAUUAUCUAUUUAUCUCAUCCUAUCUGUCUAUUCAUCUUAUCUAUCUAUCUAUCUAUCUAUCUAUAAUAUCUAUCUAUCUAUCUAUUUAUCUCAGUUUGUUCAUCUAUCUAUCUAUCUAUUCUAUCUAUUCAUCUAUCUAUCUCAUUAUCUAUUAUUCUAUCUAA